AAAGCUUAGAUAGUGACAAACUUCGUCCCCGGUGUAUCGUCCGCUCUAGUAUUUGCGGAAGCUGGAGAAGCAGGAAUUUUCCUUUGAAGGAAAGCCAGUGAAGACGCUCAUUUUCAACUUUGGAGACUCAAGUGGGAACAAAGGUCCGACUUUCUGGUCUAUUCCGGUUGGUUUUACAACUACGUUGGAGGAAGUUUCGAGAGCUGUGAAAGAGUUGACGCAUUGAACGUGAGUGAUGGUUAGCGAGAUCUUUGACCUGUUGUAUCAAACCCGGAUCUGGGCUUCCUAGCGUGCAAGGAAUUGACUGACAAAGGCAGAGAUGUCAGCCUGAGCAGCCUCCGGGUAGAGUACGGUCAAUUUAUAUGCAUCUGCAGCAACAUCUCUACCAACAGGAUGAGACAAACUGACUGGGGCUUGCUUGAAGUUCCCACUAGACACUUCAACAGCUCCCCUUGGAGUCCUUUCGUUUUAUUUUAUUUUAUUUAUUAUAUUAGGGGGAUGUCGGGACUGAUGGAGCACAUACACCGGAGGCCAUUCAUAUACACCAGCAAAAAAAGCAGAAGAGCGCAACCAGCUUAGGUGCGUCUUUGGGAGAAUUCAUCCAAGCAUGUCAUAACCCGCUUGCUCUACCUAUAUAUAGUGAAUAUUUGAUUAUUGUAGACUGCUAUUGAAGAAUACAAUGCAAAAUCAAAAUGACCCCUGAGAUCUAUAUCCGUUCAGCAAGUCAACUUGGUACCUUGUUAGUAAGCCGACGUCAUAGGCCGGAAGCUUGCAUAACUAAAUAGUUCGUUCUCACUAGUUAGUUGGUCGGGUGGUUGGCAACUCCCGAGUAAACACGAGGAAGACGCAUCGAACAACCACCGCAAGGAGACCGUCUUACAUCCUGUCCUGCCCAUGCUUGACAGCGCUGCUCUCGUCCUGAUAGGGCUGGCUGGAGUCGCCCUCGGCUCGCAGCCCCAGGCCCCAGAUCCCAUUCCUGCGCCGCUGAGGGAGCUGACAUGGGGCCAGCUUAACUUCCUCCACACCACCGACGUCCACGGCUGGUAUUCGGGCCAUCUACAGGAGCCGUCGUUCUCUGCCGACUGGGGAGAUUAUAUCUCCUUCACGACUCGCAUGCGUGAAAAGGCCGAAGCAGCCGGGACGGACCUGCUGGUAGUCGAUACUGGGGAUCGGGUCGAAGGGAAUGGACUCUACGACAGCUCAGACCCCAAGGGAGUGUAUGCCUCGGAGUUUCUGAAAAAGCAGCAUAUUGACCUGCUUUGCUCGGGAAACCAUGAGCUCUACAAGCAGAACACGUCGGAGGCUGAGUUCCGCACGACUGUACCGAACUUCAAGGGCAACUACCUUGCCUCUAACAUCGAUAUCAUCGAUCCGGAAUCUGGUGAGAUCGUGCCUCUUGCCCAGCGGUUCAAGAAGUUCACCACCAAGAUGCAAGGAAUCCGGAUUAUGGCGUUCGGGUUCUUGUUCGAUUUUAAGGGGAAUUACAACAAUGCCGUUGUGACGCCUGUUGAAGAGACGAUCAGGCAGGCGAGCUCAUGCCUUGCCAGCGGGCGAUUUAUGGAAACUAUUGGCUUUGCGUCGUUGAGCGGGCUGAGCACAGCGAAGAAACAGACGUCUGCGGCCAGGGCCUCCCCUGUUUUCACUCGAAGAUAUAUUGAUAACAAUUUAUUCUCGCUAUACUACCACUCGGGCCAUGAUGAGUCAACUUUCCACACACCUGAAGGGAAGAAGGUGACUGAAGAUAUCCGGAAGGCUCGAAGUGUUCUCAAGCUUGACCAUGUCUACGGUUGUGCCCCGAAAACACUGUGGAUGUCCCGGGCCAAAUAUCCGUCCGACGAUAGCAUUUACAGCUGGCUCGAGAAAGAGGUCCUCCCUAGCUCUCUUAGACCCCACCUCCGUGAGAAUACCACUGGUCUCGCUAUCAUCAACACGGGCGGCAUCCGGUUUGACAUCUUUAAGGGCCCUUUUACUCAGGAUGGCGCGUACAUCGUGUCGCCAUUUACCAACGAGUUCCGAUAUAUGAAGGAUGUGCCGUAUGACAAGGCCGUCAUGGUCUUGAAGGUGCUGAACAAGGCUACCAACAUUCUCACCCAGGCAGGAUUUAUGCCUAGAGAUUCUUCAUCUCUUAGUCCACCGGAACAGUGGUCCAGAACGGAAGACUUUAUUGCAAAGGCCGUCCAUAUACCGCUGUCCCAGGGAGCCGACAACGAGCAGAAUCCACUGCAGGACGGUGAUGAGCCUACCCUGACGCCAGGAUACACUACCAAAGAUGACGGCGGGACAGAUGGUGAUGACACCGUGCACACCCCUGUGUCCUUUUACCGGGCUCCAAACUGCAUCAUGGCUACCAUUACAAACGAUGAUGACUCUUCCUCGACGUCGAAUGUGGUGGACCUGCUGUAUCUCGACUUCCUCGAGCCUUGGGUGACUGUGGCUACUAAGAUCGUCGGGAUCGACUUUGACCCUAAGAAAGACGCAGAGGCCUUUAUGCCGGGCGUCCAGAUGAGAACCAUGCUCACGGCCUGGGCAAGUCAGCACUGGAGCUGUCCUAGCUCUUAGUGGUUCAUUAGAUUUUAUAUU